UGUGUAUCUUCGAGGAGCGAUACGUGCAUGCAAUAUGUUAAUCUAUUCGUUACUCGUGUCAAUAGUUUUUUUUUCUGGAUCUUUAACAGUUUUCUGUAAGAAUACAAAUUCAAAUGUAUUUCAGAAUACUCUGAGUCACAUUAGGCCUCGGAUUUCAUCGGAAGAACAAGCUAAUGCAGCGGCAGGUGUCGUUGAAAGAUUAUUGGGAGCUGAACGUGCUAAAAAUUUCGUAAUGAUGGUGAAUCCUAAUUUUACUUCUCCUGGAAAAGAUUCUUUUUUGAUAAAGAAAAAUUCCAUGGGUCAAGUCGAAAUCCUUGGCACUUCUGGUGUGGCUGCAACUUGGGGUCUACACUAUUAUCUCAAAACCUAUUGCAACGUCCACAUUUCAUGGGAAGGAAAUCAAGUCGAACUUCCUGAUACCUUACCUGAUGUUCGUGUAAAAAUCAGCUCUAACGAUAGGUUUAGAUAUUAUCAGAAUGUGUGUACUUUGGGUUAUACUUCUGCAUGGUGGCAGUGGGAAGAUUGGGAAAAAAAUAUCGAUUGGAUGGCUCUUAAUGGAAUCAAUUUGGCGCUUGCUUUUACUGGACAAGAAGCUAUCUGGGAGAAAGUCUAUCUUCGAUUGAAUUUUACUAUAGAGGAGAUUAAUGAACAUUUUGGAGGGCCAGGAUUUUUACCAUGGUCUAGAAUGGGCAAUAUGCGAGGAUUUGGAGGACCUUUAAACUCGAACUGGCAUGAAAAAUCGAUUCGAUUGCAGCAUCGAAUUCUUGAGAGGAUGAGGGUAUUAGGAAUCAUACCUGUUCUGCCUGCUUUCGCGGGUCACGUGCCUAGAGCCUUCCUCAGGCUAUUUCCUAAAGCUAAUGUAACCAAAAGUGCGGUUUGGAAUAACUUUUCAGAUAAAUAUUGUUGUCCUUAUCUUUUGGAGCCUACAGAUCCUCUAUUCAAAGAAAUCGGACAACAAUUUUUAAAAACAUACAUCGAAGAGUUUGGGACUGAUCAUGUUUACAAUUGCGACACUUUCAAUGAAAAUGAACCUUACACCAGUGAACUCAAAUUCCUGAGGAAUAUAGGACACUCAAUUUUCGAAGCUAUGAACAAUGUUGACUCAAAAGCGAUAUGGUUAAUGCAAGGAUGGUUGUUUUAUCACGAUUCUGUUUUCUGGACAGAGCCAAGAAUUCGUACAUUUUUAACCUCAAUCCCAUUGGGAAGAAUGAUAGUGCUGGAUCUUCAAUCAGAACAAUUUCCACAAUACAAGAGAUUAAACUCUUAUUAUGGUCAGCCAUUUAUCUGGUGCAUGUUGCACAACUUUGGUGGCACCCUUGGAAUGUUUGGUUCUGCUGAAAUUAUUAAUCAUCGAGUUUUCGAAGCUAGAAAUAUGAAUGGCAGUACAAUGGUUGGGACAGGUCUAACACCGGAAGGUAUAAACCAAAAUUACGUCAUCUACGAGUUGAUGAACGAGAUGGCUUAUCGUAAAAAACCUGUCAACUUGGAUAAAUGGUUCGAAAAUUAUGCCAAUCGAAGAUAUGGCGAUAUCGAAGGGAACGAACACACUGUUACAGCAUGGAAAGGUUUUAAGAACACGGUGUAUAAUUUCUCAGACACUAGGAGAAUUAGAGGAAAAUACGUGAUUACCAUUCGACCAAAUUUAAAUUUCUUCCCAUGGAGAUGGUAUAAUAAAGAUGCAUUUAUCUACUACUGGUACGUGUUGCUACAAGCGAGAGACUUGAAACGAAAUAGCACCCUUUAUCGACACGAUGUUGUUGACGUUACUAGGCAGGCACUUCAACUGAUAGCUGAUGAAAUUUAUACUGAUUUGAUAGAAUCAUUCGAUAAGAAGAAUAUAGAUUUGUUCAAGCAAAAUGCCAAGUUGUUGUUGGCGUUAUUUGAUGAUCUUGAGGAGAUUUUAGCAUCGAGUGAAGAUUUUCUAUUAGGAAAAUGGUUGAAAAUGGCGAAAGAUUUGGCUACUAACGAUGAAGAAGAGAUAUUGUACGAGUACAACGCGAGAAAUCAGAUUACAUUGUGGGGACCAUUAGGAGAGAUAAGGGAUUAUGCAAAUAAACAGUGGUCAGGAAUUGUGGUGGAUUACUUCAAGCCCCGUUGGGCUAUUUUCUUGAACGAACUUGAAACUAGUUUGACCACUGGAAAGAGAGUGAAUAUGACGAAAAUUAAUGAGCAGAUAUUCGAAAAUGUUGAGAAAGCUUUUACGUUCUCUAGAAAAAUUUAUCCAACAAAAGCAACAGGUGAUUCAAUUGAUAUAGCUGAAAGAAUUCUAUCCGAAUGGUACGAUCCAUAUCUUCCUUUUCAUAAAACUUUUCGUCAUAACUAUAAACAGUAUUGGUCGAAUUCUUAUUAAUCACAUCGAUUAUAAAAUUAAAAUUAUUAAAAUAUCUAAGAAAUAAUAUUAUUGUAAAUAUAUUUUUAAUAAAAUUGUGACGAAAUUUAUAAAAAUUUAUAAGGAAAAAAAAUAUAUACCUAUAAUUCUAUAUAAAUUUUAUAUACGUUAAAAAAAAAAAAGAGAAUUACAAUCAUUCAUUUUCACAUUCGCUAGAUUUCAAUGUUUAUUGAAAAACCGAAGAUAUCUUGUAUAAAGAUCAUUAUUAUUGAUAAAAGGACAUUUUACAACAAUCGAGUAGAAUUACAGAAUUGGAAACAACGAUAGAUUCGAGCCAAGAGCAAAAAGAGAAAAAUUUGACUACGAAUAAUAUAAAAAGGAAUUAUUACGAUUCACGAACAUUACUCACUCUAUCAAGUACCAUCGGUUAGACGUGUGAAUAGAAGUACAUCGCUCCUUGCUCUCAUCUUCGCUGGUCAAAAUUAUGGCAGUAGACGACUAAACGUAAUCACUUUCCAUUUAACUGUUUUUCUCUUCUCUUCGUUUAUUAAAGAAUCAAAAUCGUCUAUGAGACUGAUUGUCGAGAAAAUCAAUGCAUUAGUCGAAAACGCCACGUAUAAUUACUCAAUUAUUUUGAGUCCGCCAUUUUUUUUAAAUUUGGCCACAGCGCUGCUAAUCAACGACAUCUUGCGGCGUUGAUUUUUGACGCUCGCUUCACAAUCAUCGAAUAUACGUUGAUGAUCAAACCCUCAAUUGGCUAAUUUGUGACAAUCCUAAUAUAACUAAUUGUUCGAGUGCAAAUUUUUUGAUUCGUUUCUCUCGUGAUAGGUUAAACUUUCUUAUAUAAGAUAUUUUAAAGUUUUGUAAUUAUAUAAUUUUUAUCUAUUAAUCUCUAAUUAAAGUAUUUAAUGCUUUCGUUAUUUUUGUUCGAAUAAAAUCGAAUAAAAGUGACUGUCAAUUGAGGGUCAAUUGAUUCGAUUUAUUUUGUCAUUACAAGUAUAGAUUAAGAAACAGUGUGCAUCUAAUAAGAGAUACAAAAUAUCUUGUGCAUUUCGUAAGAAUAUCCAUAAUUUGUAAAAUAUAUCUAUUAUACAUGAUAGGGCACCAUCGUGGAUAAAAGCGUCUCAAAAACUUGAACAACCGAAAAACGCUUCGCUUUCGUCAACGAGGGUUAGAAAAAAUAUUUCUGUAGAUACGUAAUAUUUUUUUUCGAGAUCAAUUGAAAAUUGAUAAACAUUUUCUCGUGUAUAACAUCCUUUAAUUUUCUAAAUCGUUACAGCUAAUUAUUAGAAUCUUAUAAGAAAUUUUUUAAGCUCGAGAAAGUACUGAUAAAAUAUAUUUUUUUUAAAUAUUUUAUAUUUUUUUUCUAGAUUUUUAGAUUAUUUUAAGUAUCGUAGUAAAAGUUUUAAAAAUUCUUGUGGUUAAGAUAAGAAAAAGCGUAAGCUUUUAAUAUGUAAAAAAGCAAAUAAGUAAGAUUGGAUUAAAUUCAUUGUCUCGAAAUAUUACAUAUCAUCAGAAAUAUCGUAAUAAGAUUCUAAUCUUAUUAUAACACACAUACCCGUAACAAUUAGACGUAAAAGGCCUACCGAUGCACCAAACGUCUUAUGAGAUCUCAGUGCGAUAGCAGCAUAAUCUACAAUUCAAAUACUCUCAUCGAUACUGUCAUCGCAAAGAAUAUAUCUUUCAUCCUGUAAUUAUGAAACGUUCUGUAUUUCAACGUUAUCGAAACAAAUAUUUUACAAUUUUAAGUAACUCUUCGGAUUUCUUCGGAUUUUUAGUUUUUCUUUUAUUUAUUUAUAAAAAAAUAUCCUACAAUUUUACCAUCGUCGCAAUUUAAUGGUGUCUAUUCACUGCGCUUACAACUACCAUUAGUUGCUAAUAAAUGUUAAUAAUAUAUUGGAAAAUGAAUGUUUGUCACAUGAACGUGGUUGCAUCAUUUCGAGAAAAUUUGCGAGGACAUGAUAUGACUGUCGAUAUAUGAAAUGUAUCCGGUCGUGAGGUUCGAUGGUUAUCGAUUAAAUUAAAAUACGCACUUAUGGUCCCCCGGAUAUCCAAGUAAGAUCCAACGAAAUCACGAAUCUGACUUUGGUUGCGUUCGCUUGGUCGCGUGCUUUGCACUCGAAUUUGCAAGAUUUAUUUAUACAUAUGUACAAGACUUUAUGAGUGCCUUCGUUUCAUUUGAUCCAAAAAAAAAGAUCUUGCGAUUUGAGGUUAGAAUUUGCAUAAUCUAUCGAUUACAAUGAAAGAUAUACGUGUUAAAUUAAAUCUUCUGUUUUAUUAGAUAAUUUAUAUUCCAAGAUCUCAAUAAAUUUGUGACAAAUUUGAAUAUCUUGUUUUUAAUAGGAAUACUACUUUAUUUAAUUACCCUGUAUAAAUAUCAAGAAUAUCUAUUGAAAUCGCAUGAUCAUUUUUGUUAGAUCCCAGAUUUUUAAAAAAUAUACACAAGAAAAUAAAGCAUUUAUAUAUAUGAAAUAGAAAUAUACGAAGAAAAUGUUUUAAUUUUUAUUCAAUAUAAAUAAAUUUGUAAUUUUCUUUUUGAUAAAUAGAAUUUAAAAUAUGGAAUUAAAAUUUGUUGAUAUAGGCACUCAUAUGGAUAAUUCUAGAAACUUUAUCGAAUUAUUUAAAUCAUGUAAAAAUGCGAAACUGUGCAUUAUUAUUAAAUUAUAUAAAUUAUAUAAAAAUCGAAAUAAAAUAUUUACCGAAAAUUAUUAUUUCAUUCUCGUAACAUAUUCUUAAAAGGAUAUCGUUGUUUCAAUAAACUGUUCUUCUAAAUUCUUUAUAUUCUAGCGUGAAUAGAAAAUAUGUUUAAUUCUUUCAACGCUCAACUGACAACAUUCGCCCUCUAUCUACAGCUAUUUAAUUAAAAUUUGUAAGUAAAACGCCAUCUGGUUUUCCAAGUGUCUUAUUAAAUCUCUUCAGAAUUAUUAAUCCUUUCAACGAACUUUCUAUUUCAUAAAAAGUUGAAAGUUUAAAAAGUUAAUAUUUAUUUUAUUUCGAUUGAAUAUUUUACGCUGUAUCAUACUCAUUUUACUUUUUCAUUUUGAAAAAUAAAUUGAAUUAAA